AUGUCUCCUUUUCCCUACAGCUGCGGUUUCCUCCUUGGCUCGCCUGAUUUCCGGAUGGGAGCAGCGGAUUUCUUCAAGCACCUGGCGGCCAGGCGAAGCCCUUCAGACGACCAGGAGGCAUUCAACGCUGCCAUGACAUCAGUCGCGGAUUCCCUUGUCUCUGCAGCUGAUGCCUCUCUCGAUCGCAUCACUGCCUCUACAGGCUCCGCCCCUGCUUCCUCUCCAAGGGAAGCAGCGGGGCAGCCGGGGGGGAUGGCAGCAGGGGGCGGAGCAAGGGGAGGAGGAGGGGCAGGGGAGGUGGAUGAGGGGGAGGUGGCGUUUGCUGAAAGGCUGUGUGAGGCGAUGGUGGCGUUUGCACCGUCGAAUUUGAAGAGAGCAGCGCAGCAGGACGACUCCAGAUACGCCAAGUUCUUCCACACGAUGCUUCGCUUCUUUGAGUGCAAGUGCUUCUCCUUGCACGCCCUGGCACUGCAACUCUGGCUGGUCCUACUGAGGGAGUCAGCACAGAGCACGAGCGGAGGAAAGGACAACAAGCGCGCUUCUGUGAUUCUUGUGCCGCCCGAUUUCUGCCUGAGGCUGCUGGACGUGGUGGCUGAUCACCUGCCUCGGCGACCAGGGGAGGGCGAGGAUGGGGAGGAUGAGGAUGGGGGAUGGCAGGAGGAGUUUACCAACAGUGGGGACUAUGCCCAGUACAGGAGCCGGCUGAUGGACGUGGUGCGUCUGGUGACACAGCAGCAGCCCCUCAUAGCAGUGUCCAAGGUGGUCCCUGGGGAUGGCAGGGCAUGGCACAGCAACCCCUCUCCCCCCUCUUCUCUUCCUCCUUCAGACGGACGUGGUGCUUCUGGUGACACAGCAGCAACCGCUCAUAGCAGCAUCAAAGGUGGCUUCUCGGGAUGGGAGUUGGACGUGCUGCGGCUGGUGACACAGCAGCAUCCGCUCAUAGCAGUGUCCAAGGGGCAUGGCCUUCACAGCCCCUUCACCCUCCCUCCCCUCUGCCCUCCUUCCCACCCUCCCUUUUCUAUUCUGCAGAUGGACGUGGUUCGACUGGUGACACAGCAGCAGCCGUUCAUAGCAGUGUCCAAGGUGGCCUCUCGGGAUGGGAGGUGGGGGGGCAUGGCAAAUUAG